UUUAAUUUUUAAUUUUCCACCCCGUUAAUUAUUCUUAUUUUCAAUUAUUAAAUUGCAGAAAAAUGUCCGAGAAUCCUGAAAAUUCGGGAGAAUUGGCAGAAAAUCAGGAAGAAGUUGAUCAAGAGCUUGUGCAAAAUCCAACAGAGCCCCAGCAAAAUCCAGAGCCGGCCGAAGAGCCCCAGCAAAAUCCAGAGCCUGCCGCAGAGCCCCAGGAUCCAGCCACAAAAUCUCGUCCACGUCGAAAUGCUCGGAAAUCCGUGCUCUACAACAAUGAAGACUACGAGUUGGGCAUCCCAAAGGAAGAAGCGCUCGCCUCUGCAUCAACAAGCUCGAUCGCAGCUCCAAAACGCUCCAGGACGGAGGAAAGUACGGUUCGAAACGCGAAAAAGAGAAAGCCAGCGCCACAUUUGGAGGAGCUCACCGCCGGAGAGCUCGGAGAGCCCAUCUUCGCCGGCGACGACUCGAUGCUCCACGCAGAGACGGAGGUCAUCGUAGAGGAUGAGCCGCCAAUUCUGAACCUUUCCCGAUAUCGAGACGAGGAUCGCAUACAAAUGGACCCGUUCGGUGAUGAUGAGGAGGAGGACGACGGGUUUAUGGAUGGGCAACCACCGGAUUUGGAAAUGAAUUUGCCCAGCAAACAGCGACGUGUCCGAACACGCAAGCCAAUGGAUACCGAUGGGUCUAUCGACGAUGGGGAUAAGGAGAAGAAGGCGAUGAAAAUUAUAAAUCCGGCGGCGGCGACACCGUCGAAAAUGUUCCGAGUUCAAGGAGAACGAGUUAUCAGUAAAGCUCUUGCUGAAAGGCAGUACCACGUGAAAUUGUUCGAAGAUGAAGUUGAAAUGACGGAAAACGGUGAUUGCUACGCCACAGUGAUAUCAGGCUGCCUGGCCUACCUUCUCAGAAAGGAACGAAUAAUUGAGCUGCUCACCAACGAGACCGAAAUUGCAAUGAUUCGCGAAGGAGGUUGGCUUCUCGACAAACCACCCCGUCUCCCACCACUUGUUCCACACAAAGCCUGUUUCGCAUUCUACGUGGACGGCUCCAAAAUCAUGUCGAUAAAAGACGUCUCGAAUGACGAUCUGAAGCCAUGGAGCUCUACUGGCGGCGAGCAACACUUCAACGAUCCAGUCAUCAAACCGAAUGUCCGACGUCAUCCGGUUGCUCGUCUCAACGGACGGCUCCAAUCGGUCAAAGGAGAUCCACGUAUCGCCGAACUUCAUCUCACCGAGUACAGCGCGUGGCUGCCGAGACUGUUAAGAUUGAGAAAAAAGAUUUUCUACCUCUCCCGCGAUGGCCAAAUCUAUGGAAACGUGCUCAUUCUCUACGACUACACGUGUCCCGGUGAAAUUCCACCAAUCGUAAAUCUUCCGCACGGAAACGACUAUUUAAGACAUGCGAUGGUCGAUCCAACUGAUCCGCACGUCUCGUUAGAUCUGGAUGAUCCCGGAUCCACACCGUUCGAAGACGAGAUAGUGGAAGGACCACGUGGUGGAAUGUUUCUUCGCGUAAAACUUGCAAAACUCGGUUGGGCACACAACAAGAAGCUUCUCCUCCGAUAUUUGGUGAAUGAGCCCGAGCUGCUGAGCCAAUCGAAUUGUUUGAAUCGCCGAACACCGUACCUACCGCCACUUAUUCCGACAACCGGCGUUUUUGUGUACUUUGUGCCGGCGAAUUUUGUUGCAAAUCAGAUUAAUCAUACUGGCGAUGGACUGUCACCGUGGACUGUUAAUCCUGCCUCGGAAGGUCCGUCACCCCGCGUCCGCUCAACUCGCCGAGCCAUCGUCCAAGACGACAACGGCCAGUUCCAAAUGGCAAAAGACACGGCUGGCGGCUGGCACUCGUCACAGUUGUGUCUCGUCGAAACAAUGUCCGUCCUGGCGAGAUGUCCCCGUCUUCGGAAGCGUCUCAUUUAUAUUCAACGCAACAAUACGAUUACGAUCGGAAAUGUGUGUUAUAUCUAUGAAUAUGUGAGAGAUGGUCCGGUUCCGUGUCCGUAUGUUAAACCACCUGGAACACCUGGACGAGGUGUUGGAGGAUCGAAAUGGAUCGACGAUCAGAAGAAGAUUGAUACAUCACAAGAUCCAUCUACAUCAUCUGCUGCACCGAAUGAUGAAGAACAAUUUAUAGAUGUAGAAGAUUUGGAAGUUGUGGAAGAAGAAGUCAUCGGACAUCACAAUGAUUCCCUAGAUCAGAUCCAGCUUCAACACGAUCAGCACCAGCAGCAGCAACAUCAGCUAAUGCAAGAUGUUUCGAUUGCUCAAGACGCUCAGGGACAUCUGCUAGACGAUGAUUUGUUGGAUAUGUCUCAAGAGGAUGUGCUCAACAAUGGCUACGAUUUGGAGUUUGACGAUGAUCCGCUUACUCAGCAGGAGAACCCGGCGCCCUAUUUUGAGAAUCCCCGGCAAUUGGAAACGGGACAUAUCUACUUGACUGUUCGACAUAAGAGGGUCGCCAGCACGUUUGAGGCCGUGUUGGAGUGGAUUGCUAAUACCAAUGUUGUCGAAGAACGUGGUCUGCUGAACUACGCGAAGCCGGGACACCCACCAAUUGUUCGUAAUUCUCGUGCGUACGCAUUCUUCGUCGCCGGGACAGCCAUCUUUCCACACGACAUCAAUCGUGACGACUUCUCGCCAUGGUCUCAUAAUGGAAAUGCACAGAAUCCGACGUGCUAUCGGACGAAAGUUCGCAAAGUCGGAGUGAUUUGUGAUGAGCUGGGAUCACAGUUUCAGACCAAAGACAACAUGGACUACAAAACGUGCCCAUUCCACUUGGUAUUCCUGUAUUCCAUCAAUCCACGCGAGCCACGACUACGCAAAAAAAUCUAUUACAUGAUGGAAACCGAAUCACGGCUCGUGGUGAGCCAUGCGCUCAUCAUGUACGACUAUAAUCAGGAAGGCGAGCUACCACGAAUGCAUGGCGGAUAUUUGAAACGAUUCGCGAAACGAGCCACAAAACGACCGCCAACGCAGAUACAUGAUAUCGAUAAUGAUGUGUCGGAUAUGUCGGAAUGCGAGAAAGAAUGCCCGUUUGCUGUGCCAGCACAAGCCGCCGAUGAUGGUAGUUUGUAUCUUCAGCUGUUGGAUAUGGAGUUCUGGAAUGAUAGGAAUCGACAAUUACACUUUCUUGUCAAUAAGCCUUCAUUGAUUGAGUCCCUCGGAUGCCUCAACAAUCGAGUACCGGCCCUUCCGCCAGCCACAACUGGCAAAGCCGCAUUCGUUUUCUUUAUUGAUGGGCUCGAGGUUGAUGCAAGAAAUUUGACGUGUGAUGGACUGGUUCCGUGGUCAGAGAAUACUAGCACCAAUCCUCACGGCAUCACAAAACGUCCAAAAUCUGCGAAACAAGCGCUCGCACUGAAUCGAGAAGGUCAACUACGCAUCUGGAAGACACCAUCAUCCCAUCGUUCGGAUCUCAUCGAAUUCCAGCUUCACGUCUACACAGCCACCCUUCCACGUUGUCCACGUCUUCGCAAGAAGGUGACGUACGUGUUGAAGAAUGGCCAUCAAAUCGGCAACGCAAUGAUCAUUUACUGGUACACUGAGCCCGGCGAGAUGCCGGCUCCGGUUAACGUGAGCACGAUGAGCUCCGCUCAAGAAUACUCACUUCAACGUCUUCCACCACACAUUCGGGAGGAUGUGCUCCGGCUGCUCGCGAGAAUGACACCUGCCGAGGUGGCUAAAGUGAUUUUGGAGAAGUAUGGGAUUCAGGUGAACACGAAGAUGCUCUAUUAUGUACGACGUCGUGAGAUUAUGGCGGCGACUGAUGGUAUUCGGGAUGCUGAAGAUGAUCAUGAUCCGUACGAGUUGAAGAAUGAGAUGAUUGUUUCGGCGGCGGCGGGUGAUUUUGUGGAUGAUUGGACGACUGACACGGCUGGAGCUUCAGCAGAAGCUUCAGAAGGAGGAUCCAGAAAGAAAAAUGUGCAUCUUGAGGAGAUGCUCGACGAGCGAGAGCUUCAGGUUUCACAUACCGAAGAGAUUCAGCAACCAUCAUCAUCCCAGCAACAGAUUCAGCUGCCGUAUAGAAAGGCGAAAUAUCAGGAGCCUAAAAAUUUUGGGCAGCAGAGUAGUGGCUUGCCUCUAUCACAAUCUGGAAUGGCGCGUGGAACAAGUCGAAACGAGGCUCUCUUCCGUAUUGCCAAGAACUCAUUUGGCUCAGCAACCGACAACGAGACAUUCGAUUUGCUCUUCAAAAUGCUCUUCGAAAAAAGCGAACAUCGUCUCUUGCAAAUAGUGAAUCACACGUUUGGAGUCGAAAUAAUGGCUGGAGAAGAAAUGGAUAAUGGAGAAAUGCAUUUGCAUAUGGCUCCUGAUGGAGCAAUUGUUGAGGAAAUUGUCGAGGAAGAAGUUAUUGGGACAGUUGGUGAUGAUGUUAAUUUGGAAGAAGAAGUGCACGAGAAUGAGCCUAAAGUUUAUACUGGGGAGAAGCAGAUUAAUGAUGUCCUCGAACAAGUGGUUGUGGAAGAGCCAAAUCAUCACGACGAUCAUCCUCCGCAUGAGCUGCUCGAAGAAGAUGCUCUCGUGAACCCAGAUGAUGUGAUAGUCGACCCCAAUCAGCUGAUCAUUCAUGAUGACGAUGAUCAACGGCAGCAGAAUAUCCAAUGAUCUCGUUUUUUUCCAUUUUUAAUGUGCUCUGUGAGCUUUUUUUUUCUUUUUCUCUAACCUUUACCCCUUUUUACGUGCCUUUUCUCGUUGUUCACCCACUUUUUGUCUGCCUGCCUACAUUCCUACAUGUCUAUUUGUAGGCAGGCAUUCAUUUUUCAAGCCCUAGUGGCGUGACCUUUGAUCUCCUCUUACCUUUUAUAGUUUUUUUUCUAUUUUGUUACACACAUUUGAAGUUGACCCCCAUCUCCUCAUCUCCCCCAAGCAUGGCCUAGAAAUUCCCGUCCAGGAGAAUUCGGCCGCCGCCACGUGGCACAAAAACACUUUUUCAGUCUAAUAAAUCCCCCUCUUUUUAAUUUUCAUUCGAAAA